AUGGCCCCCAACCCACGAAAAUCCCACCCACUCCUAAAAAUAGUCAACAACUCCCUAAUCGACCUCCCCACUCCCCCAAACAUUUCCGCCUGAUGAAACUUCGGAUCCCUCCUAGGUAUCUGCCUAGCAACACAAAUCAUCACCGGCCUUCUACUAGCUAUACACUAUACUGCAGACACAACCUUAGCCUUCUCAUCAGUAGCUCACACAUGCCGAAACGUCCAAUAUGGAUGACUAAUUCGUAACCUACAUGCAAACGGAGCCUCAUUCUUCUUCAUCUGCAUCUACCUCCAUAUCGGACGAGGAUUCUACUAUGGAUCUUACCUCUACAAAGAAACCUGAAACACAGGAGUAAUCCUACUACUAACCCUCAUAGCAACUGCCUUCGUAGGCUACGUCCUCCCCUGAGGACAAAUAUCAUUCUGAGGUGCAACAGUCAUUACCAACCUCUUCUCAGCAAUCCCAUACAUCGGCCAAACCCUCGUAGAAUGAGCCUGAGGGGGAUUCUCAGUAGACAACCCCACAUUAACCCGAUUCUUUGCCCUACACUUCCUCCUCCCCUUUCUAAUCGCAGGCCUCACCCUUAUCCACCUCACUUUCCUCCAUGAAUCAGGAUCUAACAACCCCCUAGGAGUUGUAUCAAACUGUGACAAAAUCCCAUUCCACCCCUACUUCUCCACAAAAGACCUUCUGGGAUUUAUCAUCAUACUCACUCCACUCCUAACCCUAGCCCUAUUCUCCCCUAACCUCUUAGGGGACCCCGAAAACUUCACCCCAGCCAACCCACUAGUAACUCCUCCUCAUAUCAAACCAGAAUGAUACUUUCUAUUUGCAUACGCUAUCCUACGCUCAAUCCCUAACAAACUUGGAGGAGUACUAGCCCUUGCUGCCUCCGUACUAAUUCUAUUCCUAUGUCCAUUCCUCCACAAAUCCAAACAACGCACAAUAACAUUCCGCCCCCUAUCACAAAUCCUAUUUUGAGUCCUUGUAGCUAACCUACUUAUCCUAACCUGAGUAGGUAGCCAACCAGUAGAACACCCAUUCAUCAUCAUCGGCCAACUAGCCUCCCUCACCUACUUCACUAUUCUCCUAAUCCUCUUCCCCCUUAUCGGAGCUCUAGAAAACAAAAUACUUAACUACUAA